AUGGAUCUCAAGGAUGUAUUUUCAGCCUUGGACACUGUCUGUGAAGAAAAUAUUUCCACUUUUUGUGGAUCUUCCGCUCUCGCCGACGGCGCUGUUAACCAGCGUUUGGUAGAGUGCUUGAAGCAGAUUCAGGAACACAGUCGGGCCCUCAAGCCGACAGUCGCUAGCUUCACUGCGGUCUACCACCAUUAUGACUUUGACGCAGAGACACCAGGGAACGGGUAUCGCACAUUAAUCAAGGUGCUCCACUCGUGUCUUCUACACAUCCUCCACAAGGGUCUCUACAUCGCCUCGAAUCACAAGAGCUCCUUCUUCCGGGCUGAUCACAAUGUUUCCGAAUUGGAGGCUUACUGUAGCGCUUUGCGCCAGCUGCGAGCGCUACUCUACCUAGCCAAGCGGCUAAUCAACGACAAUGAUUUCGGUCAACUGUACUCCUUACAGGACCUGGACCUAAGCCACAGAUACGUGCAGGAGUACAGCUCUUUGCACAAAGCCUGUUUCUACGGACGAUGUCUGGGAUUUCAGUUCUCACCAAGUCUUCGUCCGUUCCUCCAGACUAUUGUCAUAAGUAUGAUUUCGUUUGGGGAGACUUAUGGUAAACAGCAAUCUGGGCUAGGUUUGGCAGCCCUGUCGCUCCUCACAUCGGGGAAGUACGUCAUUGAUCCAGAGUUGCGUGGCGCAGAGUUCGAACGCAUCACUCAGAAUUUGGACUUGCAGUUCUGGAAGUCCUUCUGGAACAUCACAGAGUCCGAGCUUUUAACAGGCUUUAGUAGAAUAGCCUCCUACCCUGUACAGUUGAACCUCACGUUAACGAUACCUCCCAUUCCGUUACGACUACCUUUGGCAUCAGACCCCAGUCUAUCUACUGCUGUAUCACCUCCACUGGCUCACUGGGGGCCCGGGCCUGUCCACAUGCGUCUUAUCUCCCACGAGCUUCGAGAAGGACAGGACAGUGAGGAACUGCUGGCGCUUUCUCGCGACAGUCCGCCCUCGGGAUCUUCUUCCAAUCUCGCGGGAGUGCAGAAGCAACCACCGUCCCCGUGGUUGCUCAUUCAUUUCCAUGGGGGAGGCUUCGUGGCUCAGACAUCCAGAUCACAUGAAAAUUAUCUGCGAAGCUGGUCCAAGCAGUUGAACGUUCCCGUUCUCUCCGUCGACUACUCUCUAUCACCUGAAGCACCUUUUCCUCGAGCUCUUGAAGAGUGUUUCUACGCUUACUGCUGGGCCUUGAAAAACUGCCAUCUGCUCGGUUCAACAGCAGACCGUAUCUGCCUGGCUGGAGACAGCGCCGGGGGCAACCUUUGCAUCACCGUGUCCAUGAAAGCCAUGACGUGCGGUAUCCGGGUCCCUGACGGCAUCAUGGCUGCCUACCCGGCUACCUUGCUUACCACCGACGCCUCGCCCUCUCGCUUGCUCACACUCCUUGACCCACUGCUACCUUUGGGUGUUCUUGCCAAGUGCCUCAACGCCUAUGCGGGUGCGGAUUCUCAAACUGUACAACCUGCUGUGGGAAACAACAGUCUAAGAGCUUUAAGCAGAGACACUACAGUACUCUUAAGUGAGCUCACUCAGGGAGCCUCCAGCUGGAUCCAAUCAUUCUUGCCGCCUUUGUGGCCUACAAGUAGAACCCCUUCGCAAACACCGACAGACUCCAAAAGCACAGAAAGGAAUACAAGCCUUACCUCACCUGCAAACACCCAAUGUCACGUGGAUUACCCAGAAGGCUUCCAGCCUCUGCGGUCCCAGUGCCUUGCGGUUGUUCAGCCGACAUCCUGUCCUAUCAUCAGGAACCCAUUUGUGUCACCCCUGCUAGCGCCUGACAGCCUUCUACGAGGCUUGCCGCCUGUUCACCUCGUGGCCUCUGCUCUCGACGCUUUACUAGAUGACUCCGUGAUGUUCGCCAAGAAGCUACGAGACUUGGGCCAACCCGUUAGCUUGACGGUGGUGGAGGACCUGCCGCAUGGCUUCCUCAGCCUGUUGCAGCUCUCCAAGGAGACUGAGGUCGCUGCAGAAAUCUGCUUGGAGAAAAUAAGGGAGAUUUUCCGGAAGGAAGACACAGCAAACUGUUCUGACAAAGCAAGAAGAGAUUAA